UCCUGUCGCCUAGCAACAUGGCAAACUUUCCCUACUGCCUGAGUCUCACCCUGGGCAUCGCUUCCUAUUCAUCAUUAUCUUUCGUGCUUUAAUCAGCCAAGUGUUGCUUCAAACUAUGAACUCUUAGAUUAGAAAUAAGGCCUACGAACACUUGCAAUGUCGAAGACACCCAAGAAAAAGACGUCCUCCUCCAGUCUCGUCGCUUCUUCGCCUGGACACUCUCCCAAAAAAGAAGCAUCCUCAGUGGUCAGUGCAUCAGAAAGUCCUGAAGAGCCAAAGAAGAUUCUCAUCUCUCUCUGGCCAGAGUGGAGCGACACUGAGGUCAAUGCUGAGAAAUGGGAUGCAGCUAAAGCCUCUAAGGAUAGCAAGCUCUUUGAUGAUCCAGAAGGGAAGGUUGAACUUCCUGCCUCCUUGAGAGUACACACUUGGAAACGUCCUUCAGAGUACAUACUUAAUAAGACUCCUGUUGUGGUGGAAAAUGAAGCUGCCUUCGACUUUACCUCAGCAAAUGAGCAUUUACUCUCAAGUGAGCUUAUGCGAUGGGUCAUUAGUGAGCUCUACAUUCUGUGGAAAGUCUGUAACACAGGAGAGGAGAAGGCCAUCUCCACAGAAAUAGUUCCCAACCUUUGGAAACCCUGGGAACACAUUUACUCCCUGUGUAAAGCAGUGAAAGAUCACAUGCCCCUCUAUAAUGCCUAUGGGAAGUAUGUCAUUAAACUCUACUGGAUGGGUAGUUGGAGGAAGAUUACUGUUGAUGACAUGCUACCAUUUGACAAGGAUGAUAACCUUCUGCUUCCUGCUACUACGAACCAAUCAGAGAUUUGGCCUAUGCUCUUGGCUAAAGGCAUACUGAAGGUGGCCAGUACUGAUAUUCCAGUCUCAGGCUCCGGGAGAGAGUUUGGAGAGUUUACAGUCAUCCACUGUCUCACCGGCUGGAUACCGGAGAUCAUUCCUUUAAAAUCCUGGUAUACAGGGAAAAUUUGGGAAUUUCUGAGGGACAAUAUUCCUCAAUUCCAGUUGGAGGAAGAGAGCUCAGAGGAGACUACGACUGCUGACCUAACGACAACAGAUUCUAAUAUGAACGAGAUCAAGAGCGAAUCUCCCACAGUUCUGAAGAACAGAGCCACUGGUCCUAUUCCUCAGAUGGUUGUGUGUGCCAGUUACCAACCCUUGCAUCUGAUGGAGAAAAGAACGUCAAUGCUUACAAGGAUGGCUGAUUCGUCUGAGAGUCUGAGGCAGUAUGGGCUCUCUCAGCUCUUCAGUCACCUUGUGCUGCUCACCUGCACUCGAGACUGCCCACUGGUGGCCCCUCCUAAACCUCCCCCAGUUCCUCAAUGGAAACUCAUCAGGCCCCGCAAGCAGACUAACAUUACUGAUGAACCCAAGGUUUCCAGCCCCUUUAUCAACUACAAACUCAUGGCUAUGGCUGCACAUGACAUGGAGCAGGGUGGUGUAAAGAGGCGUGGAUAUAAUUCUAAUCUGACCUCCUUCUCUGAAAUGGAUGAUAGUGAAGAUGACCACACUAAAAAUGACAUCACCCAGAACAGCCUAAAUGCAUUGGACACCACUGAAACCACCCAGGUAACAGCAGAGGACAAGAAAAAGGACGACAGCAUCGCCAACGAUAUGGAAGAAGUGAAGUCAACUUCAGGGCCUGACAAAGAGACAGAUGGAAAAGAUAAGGAGAGGCUGCAGACAGCCAAAGAGUCCAGCGGUUCAUUGCUUCUGUCCCAAGAUGCAUUAGCAUCAGACAAACCCCCGCUGCUGGAGACCUGGGUGGACCUGCACAACUUCACUAAAUGCUUCCAGACGCUGUUGGUUUUUCACAAGCCAGAUACUUAUGCACAUCAGUGUAAGACAUCACACUUUAAGAACUCCAUCUCCUCUCGGCUGUCUGCUGCUGCAUUGUCCAACGCUGUGGCCUCCACCCACUCCGUGUCCGCUCAUGCUAGACAACCUGAUUCCACUGCAAUUGUUCACACACAGUCUGCAGAUGGAAAAGGUACUCACUUCCUGUUUGUAGAUAGCCUGUUACCCACAGAAAUUGCCAUUGGAUUCUCAGCUUUGGUGCACUGGGGAGAGAGUGUGGAAGAGAAGAAGGAGUCAUCAGCCAGGCCUGGUUCUCUAACAGCUAAGCCUUUCUCGUGGAAGAGCAUAGUCUCUGAACUCCCUGUGGUGCAGAUUCAAACUACUGCUAGUAAAGCUGUGUUGCUUUCUCUUCCUCCAGGGCGUCAUGUUCUUCAUGUGCACACAAGUGCUUCAUUGGCCGUCCACCUACAUCUAUUCAGCAUGUCUCCUUUUGUUUUUGGUGAUGAGGAGACUGUUAUGCUACACCUUGACAAGGAGAGUCUGAGGUUCUGUGAGCAGGCUGUAAUGAUCAUGAGAUCCCUGGGUCGAGUGAUCAGCUGCUUCUCAGAUCCAGAGGAACUACCAUCAACCACCAAAGAACUUGAGAAGACCCAUGGUGUAGGCAUACAGCAACAAAGGGUGUUCAAUGAAGCUGUGUAUCAUAUGUUUCGCUCUACUCUGGGGCGGAAACUGACCUCUGAGGAGCUGUUUGCGGUACAGACUCUGACAGGAGACCCAUCGCCACAUGACAGCAAUGAUAAAGCCUUGGAUGCACGAUCAGAUGACACUCCAGAGCGCUGGAAUGGCAGGCAGGCCACAGACAAGGAAAUGCAGGCAGCCACAGUGUUGCAGGCAGGUUGGAAAGGAUACCUAGUCAGAGAGAUCCUCACUGCAGCAAGACCAGUUGCUAAUGGUGAAGGAAUAGCAGAGCUGUACCCCUGUGGAGAGGAUGAGUGCAACAGAAUAACGUUCACUGACUAUUCAGUGCCCAUACCAGAGGUAGCGAACUCCUGGAUUCUGAUCUUCAGGGAGGUGUUUCAUGUUCCUAAGAACAUGCUGCUUGUUCCUAAGAUCUUCUCCCCUCUUCCUGUAUGUAUUGUGCAUGUCAUCAAUAAUGACACUUUAGAGGAGAUACCCAAAGUCUUUAACAGGGUGGAGCCAUACAUAUACACCCCAAACAAGGAGGGUUAUACAUUUGUAGCUGAGGCGCAGACUGGAGACACGCCUGUGAUUGGAGGAAAAUGGCGAAUGUUUCUUAUUGGCUGCCGGGAACCCCUGCCACAGCUGGCCAGAGAAACACCAAGCAAUAACUUUUCUGUAAAAGAGUUGAAAGGUUACUACAUCCCUAAUCAAAAGGACAUCAUCUGCAGGCAUGUGGUGAAAGUCUCCAGUGAUCACAGUGCUACUGUGCAGUUUCAGACUUCAAAAUCAGACGUCCACAUUAAACUCAGUAUCCUAGAUCAUGAGAAAGAGGUCGUCAGCAGUCAGGGCAAAGGGCAUGUCAUCAUUCCAGUCUACUGCUUUUUAGCCAGCAAUGGCGGUUCUGUGGCCCAGGCAGGGGCGAGGCAGGAUCAGGGCAGCCUUAUAGCAGAAGGGAAAGUGACAGGAGGGGGCGAAGGAAAGGAAGGGAGUGACCAGCACCCUACAGACACACUGUUUCAUAAGUAUUAUAUACAGACGGAGGUGUUACAGGAGAGCUGGCCUUUACAUGAAUCUCUCUCCUCCUUCAUCCAGAAACUCAGAGACAUAGAGCGCAAUGAAAUGAGAGUGUUUGGGGAUAUUUUGGAUAGCACAUCCACGCCUUUGGGUACAGACCAACAAAACAAAGAGGGCCAGAAAUCUGCUCCCAAAUCAACCCAAAAGGCCAAGGAACGAGACAAGGACAAAGAUAAACUAACAUCUAAGUCAAGCUCCAUUAUGGAGCAAAGUUUGGAUGAGAGUAAGCCCCACUGGACCCUGCGUGUAGUGAGUGACCACAGUGAGGCAGGAAGUAUAGAGGUGAAGAAAGACACUGAGAAACUAGAGGAGAUCAGAGCCAUGAAACUGGCCUGGGAAGCAGCUGAGCCCGGCAGAGCAGCAAAGGCUCAUCAGUCUCGGCUGCACUAUCUCAAAGAGCUGCAAGAACAUGCAGAGAGUAAAGAGCCUGUCACGGCUGAGACAGACAAUCAACCUCAGCCCCAACAGAGUGGAGAGUUCAUACAGAAUACUGACAAAAAUGAUAUUGAUUAUACACCAUUUAUCAGGAAGUCUUUGCCGCAGCCUCGUCUGAAGGAUGAAGUGUUGGAGGAGGAGCAGAGGAGGGAACGCUCUGAGAAGUUCCAAAGUUUCCGCCUGAUCUGGGACAAUAUUCUGGAACAGCGUAAUCAGGAAAAAAUUGCACGCAAGGAAAUGAUGAAACGACAGCUAGAGACUUACAUUGGCUUUCAGGACACAAUGGAUGCAUAUCGGCAAAAGAUGCUGCAGGCUCGUGAGGCAUUCUGUUCCCGCAUCCUAAAGGAGCAGUCACAUAAGAAAAUGGAAGAGCCACCUAAGGAAACAGUCGAACAGGUUGAGCUAGAGAAAAACCCUACUGCGGUCCAGUCAAGUGGACGUAAGAGUGGGGGCAAGAGGAAGUGAUCUGACCGACCAAAAUUUCAUAGCAAUCAAAUAAGCAGUCACUCAUUCUAAUAUUACUCUUCAUUUUAUUAAGAAUAUUGCAUUGCCUGUCCUUUUUGAAAAUAUAUUAAGAUAAGAUUUAUUUUGUAACAAGUGAAUUCAGUUUGUAAGAUUAGCAUGCAGAGUCACCUUUCACUGUCAGGUUAUCUUCCUCUGUGAUUCUUUAUUUAAAUGGUUACUGUCAGGAUUGAUUUGAGCAGCUCUGAAGGACAGCCUGUCUCAGAGUGGCGGAUAUUGUUUCCCAGAAGACACUGCAAGAGUAGUUCCGGAAUAUUAUUGUUCCUAUACAUUCAAACUAAGUACUAAAUGU